ACCGUACUUCCUUUUUCUUGUCUGCUAAAAUCCUCAUCUUUCUUUCCCACAUUCGCCAGAUCACGAUCAAGAUUUCUACCGAACACUGCAUCUCAUAUAGAGUAGCUAGCGUCCGCACGAAUCGGCAGAUUGCGCAUUGAAUUCUUCCCAGAAACCAAUUUACCACUCACCAGUACAGAUUAAAGCUAUCUCUCCUUUCCUCUUGCACACCAUACUUCGCGCCAACUCCCCAUACCCAUCAUCAUCCCGAGAAUGGGUCAGCCGUCCACCCAAGCAAGCAAUGCAAUCAUCUACCUGUCAUAUGGUGCAUUCCUGUGCGUAGAAACAGGCUUCAGUCGCAUACACAGAAGCUAGCUUACUGAUUUAUGCGAAGGGUAUUUGGCUGCUAUAUUGCAUGGAAUUUAAGACACCAGUCCAAGGGCGAUUAUCUCUCGUCAAACAGAACGCAAACUGGUUAGGAUCCCCCAAAUAUAGCGUGUCGCAAAUUUUCUCUGCACCUCUCUGAGACGAUUUUCUUGCGACGGGAUCCAACUCCCAAAGCAUUAACAUGUGCUGACCAAUAAUAAAGCGUUACCUCUGGCCUUGAAUUUCAUUGCGUCUGGUUAGUAGUACUCGCGCGCGAAAGCCAAAUUGGGAUCAAAGUGCGGCAGUCCUUGAAACAACCCACAAAGCAGACGCAAAGCAAAGCAAUCUAUCUAAGUGCUCGAGACAAAGGGAAUCGGCAGUGAAGAGGUUCGUAUUUGUCAACACCGCUGGUCCUCCUGGAAUUUUCUGUUUUGAUCACAUUGCUAUCACUUGAUUCUCAGUGAAGAUUCUUCCAGGAGGACUGGCGCGGCUUCACUACGGGCGCAGAGUUGAAACAGUUGCUAGUGAUCCAACUUCUUACGGGAGAGAUCUUUGGUUCUGUGGAAAUGAAGCUGAGAUUGUACCGUGACCACCCGAUUCAAGAUAAUGCUUGCGUGGGGAAGUGUCUGCCGCUUUGAAAAUCCUUCCCCUGCAAGAUCAUGGAGCUAAUGUGAGCAUCUUGAAAAAUGCAGCCCUCGGAUCCGGUAUCCUCUUUGCAUAUCCUCAGCUUGCAACCAUUACUGGUGUCCAAGGAGUUGUGGUUUAUGCAGUUGCUUCUGCAGCGCCUCUCAUGGUCUUUGCCCUACUCGGCCCUAUCAUAAGAAAGAAAUGCCCAGAGGGCUUUGUAUUGACAGAGUGGACGAGACAACGCUAUGGCAUCAUUACAGCCCUCUACCUGUCAUUCCUCACACUCGUGACCAUGUUCCUCUACAUGGUUGCGGAACUCUCUGCUCUGCAACAAAUCAUGACAGCUCUUACAGGAAUGGACGGACUCCCCAUGGUAAUUGUAGAGUGUGCAGUUACAACUAUCUAUACAUGUAAUAAGAGAAACCCAAGUAUUUGUUUGCUUCUUGGCUGACCCAAAACCACAAGCUCUAGGAGGAUUCAAAAUCUCCUUUAUCACAGACAACAUUCAAGGUGCAAUGGUUGUCGGAUUGAUUAUCAUAGCUACCAUCACCGUUGGCGUUGAGACAGAGAUAGAAAAAUCCCUUGUUGACUCGUCUGGCCUCACUAGGCCCAGCUUACUAGGCUGGCAACUCCUCUACAUUCUUCCAGUCGCAAUUUUGACAAACGACUUUUUCCUUUCCAACUUUUGGAUCCGAGCUUUCGCAUCCAAGACUGACAAGGAUCUCUGGAUUGGGAUUUCUAUGGCGGCCGUCGCUGUUCUGAUCAUCCUCACUCUCGUUGGUAUGUCUGGCCUUAUUGCUACUUGGUCCGGUGCAUUCGAUCCGACCAAUCCAGAACAGGAUGGUAGUAUUGCCUUCUUUCUCCUCCUCGAGCAACUGCCUGCCUGGACAGUUGGGAUCGUACUCGUGAUGGUGGUCUCUCUCAGCACAGCCGCUUUUGACAGCUUCCAGUCUGCCAUGGUUUCUACAGCCUCCAACGACCUCUUCCGCAAUAAACUUAGCAUCUGGUGGAUUCGUGGAGCAGUGAUUCUCAUCAUCUUCCCAAUAGUGGUCAUUGCCUUGAGAGCACCAAGCAUCCUUCAAAUCUACCUUAUAUCGGACCUCCUCUCAGCUUCCACCAUUCCGGUGUUGAUCUUAGGAUUGAGCGACCGCUUCUAUUGGUGGAAAGGCUUUGAGGUGGUUGUUGGUGGACUGGGAGGCAUUAUGUCCGUCUUCAUCUUCGGAACUAUCUACUUCGGCAACGCUCUACAGGGGGCUAAGCUCAUCCUGUUAGAAGGAGGCUUGUAUGGUAACGACUGGAGCGCGUUUGGAGCCUUUGUUGCUGCGCCUGUUGGUGGCUUGCUCUGGGGAUUUGGUGCCUUGGCUGUGAGACUCACCUACCAGUUUUUUGAGGCCAGGAUCAGAGGCCACCGGUUUGACGCUCUUGAUCGCCCAGCGUACCUUGCUCGUGGGACAGGCGGUGCCUCUCAAUAUACCAACGACGAUCAAACCCAAAAUCAUCCCCAGACAGGUCUUGUCACUGUUGACCACAAAGGAAAAUUCUUUUGA